UCCCGGCGGCGUGGGAGCCACCAUGGCGCACAUCACUAUCAACCAGUACCUGCAGCAGGUCUGUGAGGCAAUCGAAACCAGAGACAGGGAAUCCCUUGCAGAGCUGGUGUCUUUCAAGCAUCCUCAUGUUGCCAACCCACGGCUUCAGUUGGCCUCUCCGGAAGAGAAGUGUCAACAAGUUUUGGAACCCCCUUAUGAUGAAAUGUUUGCAGCUCACUUAAGGUGCACGUACGCAGUGGGGAACCGUGACUUCACAGAGGCAUACAAAUGCCAGACUGUCAUCGUCCAAUCAUUCCUGAGGGCGUUUCAGGCCCACAAAGAAGAAAACUGGGUUCUGCCUGUCAUGUAUGCAGUAGCACUUGAUCUUCGAGUAUUUGCCAAUAAUGCAGAUCAGCAGCUGGUUAAGAAAGGAAAAAGCAAAGUUGGGGACAUGUUGGGAAAAGCUGCUGAGCUGUUGAUGAGCUGUUUCCGCGUCUGUGCCAGUGACACUCGUGCUGGUAUAGAGGAUUCUAAGAAGUGGGGGAUGCUGUUUCUGGUGAAUCAGUUAUUCAAGAUUUACUUUAAGAUCAACAAACUCCAUUUGUUUAUACCUCUCAUCAGGGCCAUCGACCGCUCAGAUCUGAAAGAAGAUUAUAGCACAGCACAGAGAGUAACGUACACCGAGGAGUACCCGUCCUUUGCAUUUGAGCACUGUCAUCAUUUGAGUCAGAAGAACAAAAGGAUGAUUUUGAUAUAUUUACUCCCAGUAAAAAUGCUGUUGGGUCAUAUGCCAACCAUUGAGCUUUUGAAAAAGUAUCAUCUCAUGCAGUUUGCUGAAGUAACCAGAGCUGUAAGUGAAGGCAAUCUCCUUCUAUUGAACGAGGCUCUAGCAAAGCAUGAGACCUUCUUUAUUCGCUGGGGCAUCUUCCUUAUCCUUGAAAAGCUGAAGAUCAUCACCUACAGAAAUCUUUUUAAGAAAGUGUACUUGUUACUCAAAACACACCAGUUAUCUCUGGAUGCUUUUCUAGUUGCUUUGAAAUUCAUGCAAGUGGAAGACGUGUACAUCGAUGAAGUCCAGUGUAUUCUAGCCAACCUGAUAUACAUGGGUCACGUCAAAGGCUAUAUAUCACAUCAGCAUCAGAAGCUAGUAGUUAGCAAGAAAAAUCCGUUUCGUCCGCUGUCUACAGUGUGUUGAAUGUAUCAGAACCUGUUCCUCUGGUGUUUAUCGUACUGAUGGAAUCCGUACUUUGCCAGGACGUUACUUUCUGCAGCCGGAAUCUCUCUGGGGCCUCUUCUCUCAGGGGUGUUGAGACUGAGUUCCCCGCAUUCACAGCCAUCUUGACAUUCUCUCAUCGCUCAUUACUGAUGUUGACCUCGCGGAGACUUGGAAUUUCUUUUUCAAAUGUUGCAGACCCUCCUUUGACUCUGGAGCGUUGGAGAAACUUCUGUGAAGGAGGCUCUUCUCCAAGGCAGCUACAGUUUACUUCCCCUAAGAGUUAUGCACAAAAGCAAUUUUUUAUAUAAUUUUUCUAAAUAAAAGGCAUUCUGAAUUAAAAAAAAGAUAA